GGCGGGCACAUUAGUGUCGGCGAGCUUUAAUGAGACUCCAUUGGAUUGUAAUCAGCGUCAUGUCGGAUUCGCCGUAAACUACAACAGUGUAACAAAAUGGCGACUGUUUAGGUGACGCCACUUUGAACGCUUGUCAUUUCAGGAGCCAUUCGACGCGACUCACAGAUUUAAUGUUGGACUCAAGUAGAAACAGCCCAAGUGGUGGAAUUUUAUUAGUGCCAACUUUUCCCCCGGUUGUCUUACAUCUGGGAUUGUUGUGGAACGUACCGUUUUGACUUCCUGGUCAAGGAUGUGGAUGUACCCAGUGAUCGCCAGCAGCAAGCGGGGAUCUGUAUGGAUUAUCGUGUUCUUGUGAGCGUCCUUUUUCAGCCAUGGUCAAACUCGCAAACCCUCUCUACACGGAGUGGAUUCUCGAGGCAAUACAGAAAAUCAAGCGGCAAAAGCAGCGUCCCUCGGAGGAGAGGAUUUGUCAUGCGGUGGCCACGUUGCACGGACUGGACAGGAAGACUGUCCUGGAGCAGUUGGAUUUAAGCGUUCACGACGGCUCUAUUCUUAAGGUUACCAAUAAGGGGAGCACCUCGUACAAGGACCCGGGGAACCCUGCGAGAGCUGGACUUAUCCCGCCACCUCCCGUUGUGUCCGUGCCAUCGAAGGAAUCUAUAUGGAAUCCCGGCGAUCUCCGCCACGUUGAUUGGAAUAAGAUCCUGCGGAGGGCCAUUGGGGGCCUGGAUGAUUUGCACGGCUCCUCGCUCAAGAACAUUGAGAGGUACCUGAGGAACCAGGACGACCUCACGGAACUUGCCGACAACCCAGCCUUCCGUCAGAGGUUGCGGCUGGCGGCCAAGCGGUCCGUCAACAGCGGCCGGUUGUUGAAGAACGGGCCACGGUAUCAGCUCGGGCAUCCUGGCGCCGAGGGGAGAGUGCCCAGGUGCCCGGGUACUUCCCCUUUGGUGUUGUCGACGGUGACUCUGCUCCCUAAUGAGCGAGAACAGCUCCGGGUCGACCCCAUACCAAUAUGCAGUUUCUGUCUCGGCACUAAAGAGUCUAAUCGGGACAAGCAUCCCGAGGAGCUUCUGUCUUGCGCGGACUGUGGGAGCAGCGGGCAUCCGUCAUGUCUGAAGUUCUCCCCCGAGUUGGCCUCAAAUGUGAAGCGACUGCGCUGGCAAUGUAUUGAAUGCAAAACCUGCAGCACCUGUAGAAGACAGGGGAAAAACGCUGAUGAGAUGCUCUUCUGCGAUUCAUGCGAUAGGGGCUUUCACAUGGAAUGCUGUGACCCACCGCUUUCAAGAAUGCCAAAAGGAACCUGGGUCUGCCAGGUCUGCCGGCCCAAGGAGAACGGAAAGAAACUUCUCCACAGGAAAGCCGACGAGAUCAAACGUCGAUAUGCAAAGCCGAUUGGAAGGCCCCGGAAUAAGCUCAAGCAAAGAAUGUCUCUAACCAGUGGUGAUGGUUCCAUGGUGGCACUAAGCGGAAGGGGGUCAGCUGGUAGGGGUCAAAAGAUUACAGUCUGUACCACACCCUCAUCCGGUCAUGCUGUAUCUGUGAAGGACGCCAGAGAAAGAUUGGCUGUUACAGACGCCCGUAGUGCCGUCGACGCCACCCAAUUCACCACCUCCACUCCCACCACCACUCUCCCCCUCCUCACGCCCUACUCCACUGCAGCUACGCUCCCAGUUAACAAGAAAACCAAAGGGCUCAUCGAUGGGCUUUCCAAAUUCUUCACCCCUUCACCCGUGGGGCGUCGCUCGCGAGCCGUCUUUGUAGAGUCGCCCGCCAAACAUUUAGGCUCUAGGGACAAGGGUCCGCCCGAGCUGACGCCGCCGCCAGAUACCGGUCACAAGAUAGCCCCCUCGUCUGCACUUCCUCCCGCACCAACGUCACCGGGAUUUAGCCCACCCUCACAGGUGUCCAGCAGCUCCACCACCGCUAACUCCCCCCAGAGCUCUUCCAGUCAGUCUAGUGUUCCUUCCCUGAGUAGCCUCUGCAAUAGCAGCCAGCUAAAGGGACUAUUUGACGGACUCUCGCACAUUUACACCACUCAGGGGCAGUCGCGGAAAAAGGCGCUACCUUGCUACGCGCCGCCAAAGCGCACGCACCGAAAGCGGGACUCCAAAUCAGGGCCGCAGCGCCUCGGAAAAAGCGAGUUUAAUAAAAACAGGCUGAGCUCCACCUCUGCCGGGCCGGGCCGACCCAGAGGACACCCCUUUAAGUUGGUCAGCCAUUUCAAGCGCAACCCCUUCCUUAAAAAGCACCGGACACUAGGCAGGCUGAGGUAUAAAGUGAGCCCCCAGAAGGGAGCCCCCUCCCAAGGAAAGGGCGACUUGACAGACGGAAGAAUUAAGCCAGAGAAUAAUCACGGCCACAACGGGGAGUUUCAAGUGAAGCGCGAAGCCACCUCCAGCUUGGCGGCCAUGUCCAGGGACCAUGUGACUGAUGAAGACAUUGAGACAUUCACGCGGGUCCAGGAAGUCGCUGCACAGAGAACUGGAUGUCAAAUGAGCACAGACUCAAUUCGAUGUCCAGCUGUCAUUGAGUUUGGGAAGUACGAAGUUCCAACCUGGUAUUCCUCACCUUACCCGCCUGAGUAUUCAAGAUUACAAAGGCUUUAUCUAUGCGAGUUCUGUCUGAAAUACAUGAGAAGCAAAAACAUCCUCCAGAGGCACACAAAGAAGUGCGGCUGGUUCCACCCGCCAGCCAAUGAGAUCUACAGGAAGGACGACCUCUCAGUCUUUGAGGUUGAUGGAAAUGUCAGCAAGCUGUUCUGCCAAAACCUCUGCCUGUUAGCCAAGCUUUUCCUGGAUCACAAGACCUUGUAUUAUGAUGUGGAGCCUUUCCUCUUCUACAUACUCACAAAGAACGACGAGAAGGGCUGUCAUCUCGUGGGAUAUUUCUCCAAGGAAAAGCUUUGCCAGCAGAAGUACAAUGUCUCCUGCAUAAUGAUCUUGCCUCAAUACCAAAGGCAAGGAUUUGGACGCUUCCUUAUUGAUUUCAGUUACCUUCUCACCAGGCAAGAAGGACAAGCCGGCUCCCCGGAGAAGCCGCUGUCAGAUCUGGGUCGCUUAUCCUACCUGGCAUAUUGGAAAAGUGUCAUCCUGGAGUACCUCUAUAAGCACCCAGAUAAACACGUCAGUGUUAAAGGAAUAAGCAGGGCCACUGGGAUGUGUCCACACGACAUCGCCGCCACGCUGCAGCACCUCAGCAUGAUUGACAGACAGGAUGGACGGGUGGUGCUGAUCAGGAGAGAGCGGCUAAUCCAACGGCACGUGGAGAGGCUGAGGGCCAACCCCCGCCAGCCUGAGGUGGACCCCGACGCCCUGCACUGGACGCACACCACGUCGCUAAAUGCCGUCCUGUCCGAGGAGGAGCGGGAGGCAGAGAUGGAUGCUGAGCGACUGAAGGAGCAGGCUAGUUGCUGGGAGAAAGAGCGAGAGAGCCACGUGAUGACUCACAGCCGCAGGCAGUCGCUCACCAAGGUGCACUGUAAGGUGCCCUACAGGACAUACGAGCGGCGCCACACACCGCCGUGGAGCCGCCGCAUCCAGCAGCCGCAGAACGUAAGUGAUGAUGAUGAUGAUGAUGACAUCGAAGCGGAGGAUGAUGCCGACUCUGAUGGCUCACCGCCCGUCCUGACAAAGGCUCGUGUGAUGCUGGUGGCCAAGCGAAAGAGGAGCAUCGCGCUGAAGAAGAGGGGGCGUAAGCGAAAGAGAAUAAACAGCAGCGUGACAACCGAGACCAUCUCUGAGACUACCGAGGUGCUGAAUGAGCCCUUCGACAAGUCUGAGGAUGAGUGUCCUAUGCCGUUGUUGGAGCGCACCUGUAGAGUGGGCGAGAUGGAAGAAGAAGAGGAGGAAAAAAUGCAGAAUAAGAUCACACCUGUGAAACGCAGAAGAGGUCGACCGAGACUCAAGGAGAAGACGCAGAGAGACAAUCUUCAACACUGGAAUGAAGGUACUGAUGUCUCCAAGAUACCCAGCAGACCUCGUCCGGUGAAGCGAAAGAAAGGUUGGCCAAAAGGAGUCAAGCGAGGCCCUCCUAAGUGGCGGCUGAAGAACGAGCGCAAAAUGGGCUUCAAGCUGAACCUUUACACGCCACCCGAAACUCCCAUGGAGGCGGAGCAGCACCACCUUCAGGCCAAGGAAGCGCACAAUGGCAGCAGGGGGGCCAGACGUUCGGCCCGCCCACAUUUCACGUCACGCAGCCUCUACUCGGAGUCCCCGAGCCCCGCUGAUCGUCACUCACAGAAGUCCAGCUCCCCCGGUGGCUCGCAGGCGGCCUUUCCAGCAUGCUCUCCCGCCGCCUCUCCUGUAGCCGUGUCACCCAGACACGAAGAUCGAGGCGAGUCGCCUGAACCUCGAGAAGACGACCGUCAAAGUGAGCACGAGCUGGACUCUCCAACCAAAGAUCACAGCACAGAAGUCGCUGCGUCGCUGGAUAAUCACAAUGAGGAGGAGCAGAGGACUCAAGAUCAGGAUGAAGAUGACGGGAAGAUGGGCGAGCCUGAGCACUUCCAAAUGGAGGCUGAACAAAGCUCAAAAGAAAUGCCUGAAUGCACCCAAUGUUUUUUAGACCCAGAAGAAGGUGGCGACAGUGUAUCAGGUCAGCAGCUUUCUAAAGUUUCGGCCAGUGAAGAAGAAUUAGCCGCCACUGCAGAUCGCAUUCAAGAUGAAGGCGCUGAAAUGAAAGCAGCAUCGCCUCUACCUGCAGCAGAAGCGCUCUCUUCACUAGUAGCUGUGGACUCUGAUAACCCUGUUGAGUCGGAGUCAGAAGAAGAGAGCACGCCCAGUCCGGGUUGCGUGCCUCCUCCGCCUCCUCAGAGGCCACCGCUCAGUCCCGUGCUCAGGGACGACCCACCAGUCUGUGUAGACAUUGACUCCGAGACCGCCCAGGCAGUUCAGUCCCUCACACAAGAGAGUGAACGGGACAGCGUGUUCCAGGACUGUGUGGAGACCCAGGAAGCCUGCAGGAACUUACACACCUACGCCCCCGUCACCCCAAUGGAAGACUGUCCCCAGUCGGACCAUAGCAGCCCACUUUCGUCAGCGCACUCACAUCCCAGCCAGUCGGUGCGCUCUGUUAACAGCCCGGCUGUGUCCAUCCUGGAGACAGGCUACACACAAAUCAGCCCCGACCACAGCGGCAUCUCCGUGCCCUCCAUCCACAACAUGGAGACCAGCCCCAUGAUGGACGUGCCGUCUGUGUCGGAUCAUUCGCAGCAGGUGGUGGACAGCGGCUUCAGCGACCUGGGCAGCAUUGAGAGCACCACCGAGAACUACGAGAAUCCCAGCAGCUAUGACUCCACCAUGGGAGGUAGCAUCUGCGGGGCCGGCCCCACCCAGGGCGGCUGUCCCUACGGGGGAAUGCCAUCCAGCGGCCUGGCCCAGAGCAGCUGUGCCGUGAGCCAGCAAAUGGCCGCUGUCAACCCGGGCAGCUGUGGUAUGAUUCAGCAGAACAGCCUGAGCUCUCCACCGCACUGCAGCGUCAAGUCCCCGCAGGGCUGCGUGGUGGUGGAGCGGCCCCCCAGCACCAGUCAGCACAGUCAGCGCGGCACGCACAGCCAACACAACUCCCACAGCAGGCACGGCCCUCACAAUCAGCAAGGCCAACACAAUCAGCACGGCCCUCACAAUCAGCUAAGCCAGCACAGUCAACACAAUCCCCACAGCCAACAUGGCCACCACCACCACAGUCACCACCUGCAGCACAAUCAGCUCAGCCAGCACAAUCAGCACGCACCGCAUAACCUUCACAAUCAGCACGCCGCGCAGGAUGCCACGCCCCAGUGCACCAUUCCCGCCAACUUCGCCACCACCAUGCAGCUGGCGGACAUCCCCGAAUCCAGCAACCCCAACUUUGCUCUCUAUGAGAGAAUCAACCACCAAGGGGAGUAUGGCGGCGGGCACUACCCCCAAUCGUCAGGCCUCAGUCUUGCCAAGCUGCAGCAAUUCACCAACACAUUCAUCGAGCACCCUCACUCGCUCCCCUUCAACCACUCGGUGUCGCACCCCAUCACGUCGUACGCCAACACGCCCUCACUGUCGUCGCAGCACUCCAGCCUGGUGUCUUUGUCUCAGACGCCACACAGAGUUCCCAACCCCCAGGUGCAGGCCACCAUGACCCCACCCCCCAACCUGAGCUCACCGCCGGCGGCUAUGAUGCUGCAGCGCAACAUGGGCAUACCACCCGCCCAGCGCAUCCAGUCCCAAAUGGCACCCAAGAGUCACGUCAUGUCGGCGCGCUCCAAGUCGGCCCCACUGUCACACCAUCACCACCACCACCAGCAGCAGAUGUACACGCGACCGCCGCAGACCGUUGCCAUGCAGGCGCCGCCCAGGACGCUGGCCGGCAUGCCACGCAUGAACAUGAGCGUGAACAUCAUGCCCGCCCCAGCCUACAACUCCAUGAACAUGUCGUCACUCAAUGCCAUGAAUGGCUACGGCAUGAGCCAGCCCAUGAUGAACAGCAGCUACCAUAGCAACCAUGCCUACAUGAACCAGUCGCCCCAGUACUCUAUGCAGAUGGGCAUGAUGGGAACGCAGCCAUACCCCCAGCAGCCCAUGCAGGCUCCGCCACAUGGCAACAUGGUGUACACUCCAGCUGGUCACCAUGGUUAUGUGAACACGGGCAUGUCCAAGCAAUCGCUGAAAGGGCCUUUCAUCAGGCGGUAACCCUGAUGCAAUGAGCUGGCCUUCUUUUUGUUUUUCUUUAGUGUGUUUGCUCUCUUAUUUGAUUUGAUUCGUUCUUAAAGAGACGAAACCAGCAGCAGCACUUGGAAAGAAUGCAAACAUUUUCAUCCACUUUAAAGCUAAUGUUUUAAAAUGAAUUUAAAGAGAAGUAUUUUUGUUCCUCUUAAGAUGGGAAGCCUUACAUCGCAGUGAUGACGAUGACGAUGGAAUUUUAUUUAACGAGGCAGGUUUCAGAGGCUCCGAGGUGGGCGUCAUCAGUGCUCUUGCAGUCGUGUAGCAGCCUCCACUCAAGCCAUUUAAUGUGCCUGCUGCAAGUGGAACCUGUUCAGUGUACCUGUCUAACAGUGCUGACAAUUAGUUUGUACUAUAUUCAUGCCUUUGUAUAUUUAAAUUAUUGUACGUAUUUUGUAAAGUGGCAACUCUAGCAUGCUUGGGUCUCCGUUAGUGACAGUGCAUUGAGUAGUACUGUACAAGUGUCGUGCUUAAUAGCGAAGCCAUUUUAAAGAUAUCGGGCCUUUUUAUUAGGUUUCCCUCAAAAGGGAGAAAGAUGAAACUAUAUUUUGUUAAUUCUAAUGUACAAAAAAACCCACAAAAUAUGUAAACUUUAGCCCUGUUUUCUGUUGCGCUUUGAGAGGAUUUAUUGCUAUAUGUAUGUAUAAUUCUGAAGUCUUUUUGUAACAGAUCUCCUUCAGGCAGCUUUCUGUUUAAUAAAGCAGACUGAUUUCUGUCCAAAUAUUCAAGUGCUUGUUUGUACCCUCAAUUUCAAAACUAAAUGCUGAUAGAAUAAUAAAAAUGUAGUCCAAA